UAAGUAAUUUUCUCUCGUCUUCAAGUUCAAAGGUCGCUGCUGUCUUGGUCGUGAAAUUUUGUCAGCCGCCAUUGUCAAUCACAGCCACAAAAAAAAAAAAAAAAAAAAAAUCCUUUUCAUUUCAAUUUCCAUUGUUCUGAAACCAGUCUUCCUUCGAAAUGGCCUCACUACGAGGUUUAGUUUCGCUUUCUCCAAACCCAAUAUUCCUCCACAAAAGAUUCAAGCUCAAAGUCAUCACCCCAUUCUCAAGUACCCUCCAGAUUGCUUCGCGUCUCACCGUCCGAUGCGCGGUUCGCUUCCGUCCUUGCAUCGACAUACACAAGGGGAAGGUGAAACAAAUUGUUGGGUCAACUCUUAGUGAUUCGAAGGAUGAUGGGACAAAGCUUGUAACGAAUUUUGAAUCCGAUAAAUCCGCUGCAGAGUUUGCGAAUUUGUACAAGGAAGAUGGGCUUACAGGUGGCCAUCUUAUAAUGCUUGGAGCUGACCCUUUAAGUAAAGCUGCAGCCAUCCAAGCGCUUCAUGCCUAUCCUGGCGGUUUGCAAGUUGGAGGGGGGAUCAAUUCGGACAAUUCUUUGAGUUACAUUGAGGAAGGAGCCAGCCAUGUCAUUGUCACUUCAUAUGUAUUUAGCAAUGGUCAAAUGGACCUUGAAAGGCUUAAAGAUCUUGUCUGUGACGUUGGGAAGCAGAGACUUGUGUUGGACCUUAGUUGCAGAAAGAAGGAUGGUAAAUAUGCAGUUGUCACUGAUAGAUGGCAGAAAUUCAGUGAUGUAUAUCUUGAUGAAAAAGUGUUAGAUUUUCUUGCCGGUUAUGCAGAUGAAUUUCUGGUCCAUGGUGUUGAUGUUGAAGGGAAAAAGCUUGGUAUCGAUGAAGAGCUUGUAGCAUUGCUUGGCAGGCACUCACCGAUUCCUGUGACUUAUGCAGGUGGUGUGACGACAAUGGGUGAUUUAGAGAAGAUAAAAACGGCGGGUAUGGGACGGGUGGAUGUUACUGUUGGCAGUGCUUUAGAUAUAUUUGGUGGGAACCUAGCAUACAAAGAUGUUUUUGCUUGGCAUUCCCAGCAAGAGGAGGUCUUGACAAAUUAGUGACUUUUUUUUUUCAAUGUCCAUCUUUGUAAUGGUUUUAUAAUUUUAAAAAUAGUCUUAUUGAAUACUUUGGAAUUGUUUCCCAUUACAAUUUUCUAAUAACUGCUAGUAGACUUGAAACCGAAUUUUUGUUGA